AUGGCUCAUCAUGGCAUUUGGAGGGCGUUGUGGGUAUUCCUGCUGCCCGGUCUCAUUGCGGCAAAGCUUGUCCGCGAAGAGAUUACAUUGACUUGGGAUCUGGGAGCUCCAAACGGUCAAGUCAGAGAAAUGAUAAAGAUGAAUGAUGGGUUCCCCGGCCCACAUUUCACUUGGGAUGAGGGCGACGAUAUCGAGGUCAUAGUCCACAAUCGGAUGCCAUUUAACUCUAGCAUACACUGGCACGGACUGAUGAUGCAAGGGACGCCAUGGUCCGACGGUGCGCCCGGCGCGACUCAACUACCCAUCGAGCCCGAUGAGAUGUUUAUAUACCGCUUCAAAGCUAGUCCCAGUGGCACUCAUUGGUAUCAUGCUCACUCCAGAACGACCUUAUUGGAUGGGUUGUAUGGCGGAAUCUUUAUCCGACCUACCCCAGAUACUCCAGCUGCAUGGAGCCUCAUAUCAAAUGACAAAUCACACAUCCAAGCGAUGAACAAGGCCGCCAAUGACCCGAUUCCGAUCCUUGUGUCAGAUUGGACACAUUUCAAAUCCUGGAAUUAUAUGGAUGCUGAGGAGUCAUCCGGAUAUGCGAUAUUUUGCGUCGAUAGUAUUCUGAUCAACGGGAAAGGCAGCGUUUAUUGCCCAGGAGAGGAAUAUCUGGUCAACCACACAAGCAACUAUAUGAAAUGGGCUCUGUAUCCAAACCAUGUCAACGACAAAGGAUGCUUUCCAUUUAUGAAAUCGACGGAAGGCCUGUAUCUCAAUGAAGGGAAACCGGAGACAAUCCCGCUACACCUUCAAAAGGGAUGCGUCCCUGCUACAGGCGAUGAUGAAAUCAUUUACGUGGAUGCAGCCUCCAAAUGGGCUAGUGUCAACUUUAUAGGUGCCGCUACCUUCAAGACGACCAUAUUCUCGAUUGAUGAGCAUCCUAUGUGGGUGUACGAGGUGGAUGGACACCGCAUCGAGCCGCAGAAGGUCGAUACAGUCAAGAUGUAUGCAGGUGAGCGGUAUGCGGUCAUGAUCCAGCUGGACAAGGAACCAAAAGACUACACGAUACGCAUAGCCGACAGUGGCUUGACCCAGAUCAUUUCGUCGUUUGCCACACUACGCUACACAGGCAGCCCGGGGACUCGCUCUGAAGGCCAUGCAGCCUUUCACUACGGGGGACUAAAUACCACGGCCGUUGUCACACUUGAUCGCGAGAAUCUUCCACCGUUCCCGCCAUUGAAGCCGGCCGCUCAUUCGGAUGAGCAUUUUGUUCUUCACACCCAUCGAUGGAUGAGUCCCUGGCAAUACACGUUGAGUGGUGGUGGAAUGUGGCAAGAAGACCGCAGUGCAUACUCGCCCCUACUCUACGAUAUCAAUCAACCAGACGCGCUGGAUGAAGGCCUCAUAGUCCGCACUCGAAAUGGGUCCUGGGUCGAUCUCAUCGUCCAGGUUGGCUCACAACCGGGUCAGCCCCAGGAGUUCCCGCACAUGAUGCACAAACACACCGGAAAAAUGUGGCAGGUCGGAGCGGGUGAAGGCAUCUGGAAUUAUACCACAGUGGAUGACGCGAUUGCUGCUGAGCCGCAUCGUUUCAAUCUUGAGAACCCCAAUUACCGCGACACAUUCGUCACCUCGUUUGAUGGACCUUCUUGGCUUGUGUUGCGUUACCAUUCUAUCAACCCUGGACCCUGGCUGUUUCAUUGUCAUAUUGAGACACAUCUUGCAGGCGGCAUGGCGGUUGCCUUGUUGGAUGGUGUUGAUGCAUGGCCGGAGAUCCCCCCGGAGUAUGCGCCCCAUCAAAAGGGUUUGGUACCGGGCCAGCCCGCCCCACGGCCCGGGAUAUACCUCCCCUCUCCACAGACGAAAUUGGAUAAAGUGGAAAUUCUCGGAGACGCAGAGAAGACAGAGAAGGGAGCUGAGACGGAAAUGGCCAAAUCAUAUGAACAUUCAAAAGUUUGGAACUCUGUGGUGGGGAAGAUGAUCGGCUUCCUUGAAACCAUCAAGUCGGGGUGA